GGUGUUUAGAUCAGAGUCAUAUAGCUUUGAAGGGAAAGUAUAAUCAUGUUCUCCCAUGGGUUCAUGUCAGUGUUCUUGCAGCUUUGUAGACUUACAGUGCACGCAGCCUAACUCAUACUAUUCCAUGACCAACCAUAUUGGAAUCAUAUACUAAAACUUUACCUGUCUAUUUAAUCCCCCCAACCCACCAUGUGGUUCUUCCAUAGGAGACAAAUAUGGCCAUUUCUUUUCAUUGGUUUUGGGGCCUAUUCCUCUUACUACUUUCACUUUAUUUUAUUCCCUCACACUCUACAUAUCACGUUCACAUUGUCUACUUGGGGCUUCCCCAAGUCCAAGAUCCUCUUCUCACUACCAAAUCACAUCUCCACCUCCUCUCUAAUGUCUUUUCUAGUGAACAAGCUGCAAAAGAUUCUUUGCUGUACAGCUACAAACAUAGCUUUUCAGGCUUUUCUGCAAGGCUCAAUUCUACACAGGCAGCCACCUUGGCCAAGAUGGAAGGGGUAAUAUCAGUGUUCAGGAGCAAGACAUUGAGAUUACACACUACUCGAAGCUGGGAUUUCCUGGGUCUUACCUUGGAUCACAGUAAAGGAACUCCAUUUCAGCUAACAUAUGGUGAUGAUGUUGUGGUUGGAAUCUUUGAUACAGGUAUCUGGCCUGAAUCGGAGAGUUUCAGAGAAGAACCCGGAAUCAGACCGAUUCCAUCAUGUUGGAAAGGUAAGUGUGUGAAAGGAGACAAGUUCGAGCCAUCUAAGGCAUGCAAUAGGAAGCUAAUCGGUGCACGCUACUACGUCCGAGGCUUCGAGGAUGAGUUCGGUCCCCUUAACACCACUGGGCCUAAUGCCGAGUACCGUUCGGCCCGAGACGUAUUGGGCCAUGGUACCCAUACUGCUUCCACAGCCGUGGGCUCUGUUGUGAACAAUGCAAGCUUCCUGGGCCUGGGCCUUGGCAAGGCCAGGGGUGGAGCUCCAAGGGCGCGUUUGGCCGUUUACAAGACGUGUUGGAAGAAUGGGCUGGACGGGAGCUGCUCUGAAGCCGAUGUACUUGCGGCUUUCGAUGAUGCGUUGUGUGAUGGAGUCCAUGUAAUCUCGGUGUCGUUCGGUGCAGGGGUGGUGCUGUUGCCGUUCUUCGCAUCUAGUGCGGCUAUUGGAUCGUUCCAUGCUUCCCAAUUGGGCGUUACCGUGGUCUUCUCCGCCGGAAAUGAUGGGCCAACUCCGGGUCUUGUUGAAAAUGUGAGCCCAUGGGGGAUUUCUGUGGCUGCCUCCACCAUUGAUCGCUCCUUUCCCACUCUCUUGAGCAUAGACAACAAUGCCAUUUCCAUUGUGGGACAAAGCUUCAACGUGAAACAAAUGAAGUUGAAAUUAGUGGAUGCAAGCAACUAUUUUUUUGAUGGGGUUUGCACAAGAGAUAACUGGAGAGGAAAACGAGCCUCAGGUGGGAAGUUGUUUCUAUGCAUAUCUACCAUGGCUGGGUCUAGUCUUGAAGCACAGGUAGCGGCUCGCAUAGCCAAUGCAUCAGCUUUACUCAUAGCAGAGCCUAUGACCACCCAAUUACCUGAAAUUGAUAUCCUUCCAACCAUCCUUAUUGACAUCAACCAAGGGACUCAAAUCUCCCAUUACUAUGCUACUUCCCCCAAGCUUCCUAUAGUACAGAUUAUGCCUAGUGAUGUUACUAUUCGCCAAACACCAGCACCUACACUAGCUUAUUUCUCCUCCAGAGGCCCAACCUCACUUUCUACAGAUAUUCUCAAGCCAGAUGUAAGUGCACCUGGAGUCGGUAUCUUGGCAGCAUGGCCACCACAGUCCCCACCAUCUGGGUUUCCCUUUGAUCACCGCUCUGUGAAUUGGAACUUUCAAUCAGGAACAUCCAUGUCAUGCCCUCAUGUUUCGGGGGUGGUAGCACUUAUCAAAUCACUACAUCCAAAAUGGUCUCCUGCAGCCAUUAGGUCUGCUCUCAUGACUACAGCUUACACAAAAGAUGCACAAGAAGAUGAAAUACUAGCAGGAGGAUCAAUGGAAGUUGCAGAUGCCUUUGACAUUGGUGCAGGUCACAUAAACCCCUUAAGGGCAAUCGAUCCAGGACUGGUUUAUGACUUGAACACAGAGGAUUACAUUGUCUUCCUUUGUAACAUUGGCUACUCAAAAGAACAAAUAGAGAGCCUUGUUCUAACACCAGCUUCAAGUAGUGUUGAAACUGAUUGUUCUGAAUUCACAUAUCUCAACAACAACAACAACAACACUAGUAGUACUAAUGCUGCUGCACACCUCAACUAUCCUUCAAUCACAGUUUCGGAUCUUCGCUCUACAGUUACGAUCAAGAGGACAGUACGUAAUGAAGGUGGGAAGAGAGGUGUUUACUUCGUUAGAGUUGAGAAUCCUAAAGGAGUUGAUGUUUGGGUUUGGCCAAGGAUCCUUGUUUUCAGACGUGCAAGGGAAGAAAUCUCAUAUUAUGUGACAUUAACACCUCUUAAGCAAUCCCAAGGGAGAUAUGAUUUUGGAGAGAUUGUGUGGUCAGAUGGCUUUCAUCAGGUCAGGAGUCCAUUAGUAGUUAGUGUAAACACUACUACUACUACUACUGAUCAUGAGGAGGAUUUUAUAACUACUGAUUCGGCCAUCACUGCUCAGUACUCAACUUAA